AUGGCCGAUCUUGAGAAAUCGCAAAACAGUGAUGCUGAGGGCAUCCCAGCAAAGCCAACGUUUCCAGAAGGUGGUUUGAAAGGAUGGCUAGCAGUUCUAGCAUGCUGGUGCAUCAUGUUCAAUACCUUUGGGUACAUUAAUGCUUUUGGAAUUUACGAGUCAUAUUAUCAGGCUACAUUCUUGCAAGAGCAAAGUGAGUCCAAUAUCGCCUGGAUUGGCUCAUUACAAGUCUUCUUCAUGUUUUCAGGAGGGCUGGUGUCUGGUCCUAUGAUGGAUCGAUAUGGCCCGAAGGUCAUCAUUAUCCCGUGUUCGAUACUCUUCAUCGUAUCUGUCAUGCUUACGAGCCUGUGUACGGAGUAUUAUCAAUUCAUGCUCGCACAAGGCGUUCUUGGGGGCCUAGCCAACGGGUUGACAUAUACCCCGAAAAUCACUGCUGUGAACCAAUACUUCUUCCAAAAACGACCGUUUGCGAUGGGAAUUGCGUCUAGUGGGUCAUCUUUGGCUGGCGUGAUAUUCCCAAUCGCGCUCAACCGAAUGUUGAACAAGAGUGACUUGGGGUUCGGCUGGUCUGUUCGAGUCCUGGGAUUCUUGAUGCUGGCGCUCAGUAUUAUCGCCUGUGCAUCUGUAUCUUCAAAUGCGACCAGGAGAAAGGGUGGUCCGCUUCUUCUCUGGAAAGCGUGGAAGCAACCGGCAUACACCUUGCAGAUCACCGGGCUUUUCUUGGUCGUUUGGGCAAUGUUUAUACCAUUUUUCUACAUACCAGGAUACGCCCAGUCGAUCUCCAUCGAUAUCGACAUGUCCAACUACCUGAUCGCAAUUUUGAAUGCCGGCUCCUUACUAGGUAGACUCUUGGGAGGCGCGGUGGCAAAUCACCUCGGCCAGUUCAACACAUUGGCCGGGGCAUCAGUGAUUUGUGGAAUACUGAAUUUCUGUUGGCUGUCAAUAAACUCCCUCGGAGGCAUGAUUGCAUUUUCUGUGCUUUUGGGAUUCUUCUCCGGAACUAUCAUCGGACUCUUUCCCGCUACGAUAGCAAUGACUGCCAUGAAUCCGAAUGAGAUUGGAUCUUACCUCGGCAUGGGACUGGGGGCGUUGAGCAUCUCCGGGCUUACGGGGACUCCGAUUACGGGUGCCUUGAUUAAUAGUUAUGGGUCCUAUGACCCUGCAAUCAUCUUUGCUGGCGUAUGCAGCAUUGUGGGUGCCGUGAUUGUUGCUGGAGGACGGGCUUAUUUUGUUAACAGCAACUAG